AUGUCGACAGCAUCAUCGUCAUCUACUCCCCGCAAGAAAACCGAUCCCACAACUAUCCAGAGCGCCAGGUCCUCAACUUCUCACCACGGCAGUACUAGCAGUGCAAACCCGCCGACUGUUGAGGACGAAGUCUCAGUACCACAAGCGAAGAUUCAAGUAAUCUCCUUCCCCGGAACCAGUCAGUUUAGGGUACAUGGCGUUUCUGCGUGCGGUCUGGCAGCGUUGAACUUUGCAAGAAUCGCUUUUCGGGUCAUCAAAUCCUCCAGAACCUUCUUGGAUGCCUUGAAUACUAUCGCAUCGCGGGAGACGGUUGAGGAAGUCAUAUCGAUAUGCGGAGGGUGGUCGAGCGACCUCCACCUAGAAGUCGAAGAGAUCUGUAAAGUACCUCUCUUCGAGCAGAGCCUGAAACGCAAAUCUACUUUCUACGGCCCACCAACCUCUGACCACUUCCGGCGGAUCCUACGCGAAUUGCAAGCAUUACGGGAUUCCGCUGCAGUGAUCAUUACCCGCCCACCAGAAAUUAUUGCCUGUCUGAAAGUUGCAAACCAUCCUUCCGGAAAGGACGCAUUUAUCGUCUUCGAUUCCCAUCCACGUCCGUCGCAUCCUGAUGGCACAGGUCUUGUCCUCGCUUCGACUGUAGACGGCGCAGUUAGGGUACUGAGAGACAUCCUACACAUCGAUGAAGAUUUGUUAUCAUCACCAGAUCUACAGUGGCAGGCACAGCUUCUCACAAACUGUUCUGGACACGUUAUACUAGCAAAAAGUGGAACCCUCACUGCAGAGCAGUCAGCGGUUGAAUCUAGCCUGGCAGUCUUAGUCCUUCGCUCAGAAAUAAAGGAACUGGAGAGGCAGAACAAAGCCCUGGCCUCCCAAAACAAACACCUCGAUGACGAAGUCGACGAGUUAGAGAGGAUUAUUCAACAAGAAAGACGCAAGGUCGCAGGCAGGGUUAGCUAUGCUGCAGCAGCGUCACAAGGUCAGCAAAAUUGGAGAAGUUUUUCCCAGACGAAUGCUGCGGCAGGGUCGUCACGACUUUCGUCCUCUGACAGCCGCCGGGCGUACAAUGGUGCCCGUAGUAUCUUUGCCGACAACCCUCCUCCCGCUCCCGCAACUAGGCCAAUGACCUAUGAGGCCGAAGAAAAUGAUUUGGAGAAAAUGCAGCUCAGCUUCUUCGAAGAAGACGCCCGAGAGGCAGCCCGGGAUCGAAACAUGGCAUUCCAGCUGCAGCUUGCAACGUACAGGCAAGCUUCAAAUGCGGUAUUUGCCUUCGACGAGCAUCCCGAAGACGACGCUGCAACAGUGGAAGACUGCGGCCACAUGGUAUGCAGAAGUUGCUUGAAGGAUUACGUUGGCGGAAAGAUUGCGGACCAUCGAUUCCCCAUUUUGUGUCCUAUUUGUACUGCCGAGAACCGACAAGCAGACCAACAUGCAAACAUUUCAGGACAAAUAUCCGGUUUCCUGGUCGAACAGCUUGGGAUUUCCGAAGAAGAGUAUGCAGUUUGGAUAGAGAUGGAACUUUCGCAGUUCUCAAUCUUGCUCCACUGUCGAAAGUGCAAUCGUGCGGCCUUCGUAGACCGCACUGACUACAACGACAUGCCUAACAUCGUUUGUCCCAUGGGCGAUUGUAGCCACAUAUGGUGCAAGUUAUGUCUCCGAACUAUCCUUAUUGGCGGGCCUAAGCAUUCUUGUGACGGAUCUUCUGAGCUUGAUCACCUAAUGAAGGAAAAAGGGUGGCAUUACUGUCCCAGUAUGUCCCUCUACAUUAUGGACGACCUUGAGCUGUACUGA